AUGAGGGAACAAACUUUUUUGAGUUUAUUGGUACUUUGCGAAAUUUCGUCGCAAGGAUUCGGGUCUUUAUCAGAAGAAAAUGCUGAUGAAUCGCCGAAUUUCCAUAUUCGUAAAAAACGACUGAUUGAUCGCACCCAGCCGCAAAAUAGAGGAAUUCCGAUUGAACGUGUUCCCUACGUUGUCAAAAUUUUAAAAAAUGAUGAAAGUAACUGCGCCGGAAAUUUAUUGUCUCGUUACAUUGUCUUAACUUCUGCCUAUUGUCUUCAAGAAAUUGCCACAUACAGUGUUUUAUCUGGUUCGCCACUAAUGGCUUAUGGGAACCGUCACAAUAUAACACGAACAAUUUUUCACAAUCAUUUUAAUCCACAGACGCACGACUAUGAUCUUGCGAUGAUUAAAAUUUCUCCACCAAUCUAUGAGAAAUUUUCGCCUAAUCGACAAAUUGAAGUCUCAAGUACGAAAGUGCCCACAAAUAUUCUUGGUGAAGUAAGUGGCUGGGGAUGUACCUCAAUAGGACCAGGGAACUAUAGGCUGUUUCGUAAUAAAUUACAAACAAUUAAAAUACCCAUAAUUGACAAUAUUUCUUGUCAAACCAUCUACGGGAGUCAAGUUCAUAUUACACAUCAUCAUAUUUGUACUUAUGACCCAAGUAGACUUAAAGGAAGUUGCGAUCGGGAUGGAGGUGAUGCUUUGGUUGUCAAUGGAAAAUUAGUUGGUGUCAUGUCUUUUCGAGAAAAUUCUCCAACCGCAGGAAACCCUCAAGUUUUUAUGAAUUUAGUUGAUCCUGAAAUUAACGAAUGGAUCCAAAGGAAGAUGCUUCCCAGAUUCUCUUCUGCUACAAAUCCGAUCAAGAAUAAUUGUGAGUUUAUUACCUUGAUGUUGGGGGUGGCAAAGGUGCUUGGCGGCGUUUGUGGGGUGGAGAUUUAUAGAUCUCCUGUUAGACGCUACAAGAGCUCCCUAGACAAAACCCCGAGCCACUUUUGUUAA